UAUCAAUCGCUCAGAGCCUAUUACCGGUAGACCACCACUUUUCAUCAGAUGCAGUACGGUGGAAGCGGCAACGCCAACGCUCUUAAGAGGGCCGAAGAGCUCAUCGCCGUUGGACAAAGUCUUGCAGCGCUUCAAGCGCUCCAUGAAGUUGUUAUGUCCAAGAGAUCGCGCAACACGCCACUUGUCUCCAUGGAGCCUAUAAUGCUCAAGUAUGUAGAGCUGUGUGUUGAUCUUCGAAAAGGCAAGAUCGUGAAGGAAGGUUUGCAUCAAUACAAAAACAUUGCGCAAAACACCAGUGUCACCACCAUCGAGCUCGUCAUCAACCGAUUCCUGGAAUUGGCAGAACAAAAGGUGACAGAAGCUCAAUCCAAAGCAGAUCAAAUCACCUUGGAUGCUAUUGACGAUUUGGAAGCUUCCGAAACUCCCGAGUCCAUUAUGCUCAGCACCGUUAGCGGUGAACAAAGCAAGGACCGUACCGAUCGAUCUGUCGUUACCCCAUGGUUGAAGUUCUUGUGGGAAGCGUACCGCACUGUUCUCGACACCCUUAGAAACAAUGUUCGCUUGGAAGUUCUUUACCAAUCAGUUUCCAACCAAGCAUUCGAAUUCUGUUUGACAUAUGGUCGCAAAACCGAAUUCCGUCGUCUUUGCGAUAUUCUUCGCAACCAUUUGCAGAACAUCGCCAAAUAUGCUCAUCAAGCUCAUUCCAUCAACUUGAACGACCCUGACACCCUCCAAAGACAUUUGGAUGCUCGUUUCAACCAGUUGAAUGCUGCAGUCAAGCUUGAGUUGUGGCAGGAGGCAUUCAAGUCAGUUGAAGAUAUUCACAACUUGUUAUCUAUGUCCAAGCGUCCUCCCAAGCCCCAAAUGAUGGCCAACUAUUACGAGAUGCUCACCAAAAUCUUUAUGGUCAGCGAAAACUAUCUUUUCCAUGCUGCAGCAUGGAAUAGAUAUUCCAACAUUGUUCGUGCUAUCAACAAGAACCUGACUGAUGAUGAGCAAAUCGCCAUGGCUAACAUUGUGUUGUUGUCUGCCCUCGCCAUCCCUGUCAUCACUUCUUCAAGAACUAGACCCGGAUAUGUCGAAGCUGAUGAACAAAGAAUUCAAAAGCUCAACCGUCUCUCAUCUUUGCUUGGACUUCCUCAACACCCCAGCCGUUCUGCUCUUUUGAAGGAAGCACUCAAUAAGAAUAUCUUGCGUCGCGUCAGACCCGAAAUCCGUGAUCUGUACAACAUCCUCGAAGUUCAAUUCCAUCCCUUGUCCAUUUGCAAGAAGAUCAACCCUAUCAUGUCUCAAUUGGCUCAAGACCCCGAACUUGCUAGAUAUGUUCAUCCCCUUCAUCAAGUCAUUCUCACCCGCCUUUUGCAGCAACUUUCACAAGUAUAUACUACCAUCAAGCUUGACUUUGUUCUUGAACUCGCAUCAUUCCCUGAGCCUUACAAAUACGAUGCUUCCACCAUUGAGAAGUUCAUUAUGAACGGUUGCAAGAAGGGUGAACUCAACAUUCGCAUAGACCAUGCUACCCAAAGCAUGACUUUUGAAACCGAUUUGUUCGCACCACCUAAGGAUACCAUUGCUGAAGGUCCUAAGCUUCAGUCAUCUCCUGCCGAUCUUAUGCGCACACAACUUUCUCGUCUUGGUAAAUGCUUGCACACCACUGUUCAAAUGAUCGACCCCUCAGCUCAACAGGGUGCUGCUCAAGCUAAGCAAGAAGCCUUCGCUCGUGCUCUUGCUGGUGCCGAAGAAGAACACAAGAACACCCUUGCCCGAAAGGUCAUCAUCGAACAACGCAAGGAAGAGAUUGAAACCGAAUUGGCCCGUGCUGAACGUGAAGCCGCACAAGAACGUGCUCUCAUUGCUCAACAAAAGGCUGCUGCCGAGCAAAAGAGACGUGAAGAAGAACAGAAGCGUCGUGAGGCUGAACGUCUUCGCAAAAUUCAGGAAGAGAUCCAGCGCGAUCAAGCCAAGAAGAUCGCUGAUGAAAUUGCUGCCAAGACUGGUAUGCAACUCAAGCCUGAAGAAAUUGAGAAUGCCGAUGUUGAGACUUUGCUUAACCUCAAGGUCAGCCGACUUCAAAGCGAACAAAAGGAGCUCAACGAGCGUCUCAAGAGCAUUGCCAAGCGUCUUGAUCACACUGAACGAGCCUACCGCAAGGAAGAAAUCCCUCUCCUUGAAAAGGACUACGAACAUCAGCAAAAGAGUGAUGUUGCUUAUUACGAAGCUGCUCGCAAGGCUCAACUCAAGGCUGCUGCUGCUAAGCAUGCUGAAGAUAUGAAGAUGAAGUCUCGUUUGUCUCGCAUCUCUGCUGAUUAUAAUGCUUUCAAGGCCAACAUUGAGAACCAGCGAAAGGAUAUCUUCCUUGCUCAGCAAAAUGCUGUGCAAGAAAAGAUCGCUCAAGAGAAGCAAAAGAGAAUCGAACAGUACCGUGCUCAGAGAGAUGAAUUGAUUAGACAGCGGGAAGAGGAAGAGGCUAGACAAAGAGCACAAGAAGAGGAAGAACGUCGCGAGAGAGAAGAACACGAAAGAAUGGAGUCUGAGAAGGCUGCUGAAGCUGAAAAGCGAAAAGAAGAAGAGGAGGAGAGAAGAAGAAAACUCGACGAAACUGCCAGACUUCAACAGGAACGAGAAGCCGCUAUCGAGGCCAAGCGUGCGGCUUCUGCUGCCGAAGCAAGACAGCCAGCACCACCAGCUACCGACAAAUGGGUACCACCAUCGAGACGUCGUGAAGCGGCCGAGCCAACAAGUAGUGAUAGCCGAUUCGCUAGAAGCACUGAAGGCGGUGGCGCUUGGCGUCGUGCUGGACCCCCCGCUGCUUCCGAAGAUAGAUAUAGACGUCCUGGAUAUGGAGAUAGCCGUGACAGCCGUGACAGCCGCGACAGCCGUGAUAGCCGUGACUUCCGCGACAGCCGUGACAGCCGCGAUUUCCGUGAUAGUCGUGAAAGUCGCGAUGGCCCAUCAGCAAGCUCUGCACCACCUCCUCGAUUUGUUGCCCGUGGCGGAGCCUCCACUGGCGGAGGUUGGAGAGAAAGAGAAGCUGCAAAGAGAGCUCAAGAGCAACAAGAAGGUGGAGAAAAGAAGGACAGUGAUGGAUUUACCGAAGUCAAACGUGGAGGCAGAUGGUAGCUUCUUUAAACUCAUCAAAACUCAUUAAUCCCGCACCGUCGUAUUCUUGCUGUCAGAACUGUUGACUGCUUUUUUCUCAGCAU